AUGAAGAGAGAAGCAGCAGUAAGGGGGGACGAGACAGCAGCAGCAGCAGCAGCAGCAGCAGAUGAAGCAGCAGCAGCAGCAGCAGCAGCAGCAGAUGAAGCAGCAGCAGCAGCAGCAGCAGCAGCAGCAACAGAAGAAGAUGCAACAGAAGAAGAGACAGAAACGGAGACAGAAACGGAGACAGAAACAGAGACAAAGGAGACAGCAGUAUGCAGCAGCUGCAGUGUCCCACGCAGCAGCAGUAGCAGCAGCAACAGCAGCAACAGCAGCAACAGCAGCAGCAGGAGAUGCAGCGGGUUAGCUGUUGCUGCUGCUGCAGGGGCCGUUGCUGCUGCAGCAGCAGCAGCAGCAGCAGACAAAGACACACAAAAUGGAGACAGCAGCACAGCAGCAAAUAUCUCACCCCCCUUAUCAGAACAAGCAGCAGCAGCAGCAGCUGCUGCUGCUGCUGCAGCAACAACAGCAACAGCAGCAGAACCGCAUGCAGAAGCAGCAGCAGCACCAGCAGCAGCAGCACCAGCAGCAGCAGCAGCAGCAAAUAUACCUAUCCGCAGCUACAGCGAUCGCCGUAGCUCUUUGAAAGAAGCUCGUCAGCAGCAACCGCAGCAGCAGCAGCAGCAGCAACAGCAGCAGCAGCAGCAGCAGCAGCAGCAGCAGCAGCAAUAUACCUAUCCGCAGCUACAGCAAUCGCCGUAG